UUAAGUUGUAGCGUGGAAGUCGAAGGAGGAAAACAGUGCAGUGCUUUGAAAAGGCAAGUGCGGCGGCAGGCACCACACUCGUUAUCAGGCCGCGGAGUAGUGCUAGUGGCCAUCGCAGGGACAAGACGACUGACUGAGCUGGCUGGCUGCUCGAAAUAGCGAUUCGAGGGGCGUUCCUGUUCAAUAUCAGAACACGUGACAGCCUAGAAAGACGGAUUCAUAGUUUUUAUCAAGAAAAACAACAAUACAAGAAUGAGCGCAACAGCAAGCACGGCCACGCUGGUUACUGGAUCUGUGGACUCGGUGGCAGCCAAUCUCAAGGCUGAAGAGGCGGCAGGCCAGAAGCCUCGCAGACUGACCCAGUAUAUGGCUGCGAUAUCUGCUGGCUUGGGUGCCUUCGCCCUAGGUACAGUCAUCGGCUGGUCAUCGCCCGCAAGUAGCCAUGUCCAGGGAGGCCCGCUGCAGGUAACCCCUUCCGAGUUCGCGUGGGUCGGCUCUUUGCUGACGCUGGGCGCGGCCGCCUCCAACUUCCCAGCCGGAUACCUCGUGGACAAGAUCGGACGCAAGCAAACCAUGUUCUGGACGGCCGUACCCUUCGCCAUCGGAUGGGCACUCAUCCUCUGGGCCUCGUCGGUCAACAUGCUCUACGUGGGCAGAGUGAUCACAGGUUUCUGCGGCGGUGUCUUCUGCGUCGCGUGCAACCUUUACGUGGGUGAGAUUGCGGAGAAGGAAAUCCGCGGCACGUUGGGCACGCUGUUCCAGCUUAACGUGGUCAUCGGCAUCGAGUUCACGUAUCUUGUCGGCGCCUUUGCCUCGUUCACGGUGCUCAACUCUCUGUGUCUCGCUGUUCCCGUCAUCUUUGCCUUUAUUUUCUUCUGGAUGCCUGAGACGCCGCAAUACCUCCUUAAGGCUAGGAAGAGAUCCGAAGCUUACAACGCCCUCCGAUGGUUCCGCGGCGGUGCAGAGUGCGACCUGGAGUUGCGCGAGAUGGAGCUGGCGUGCGAGAGCGAACGCGAGCAGUCGACCUCGCUGAAGCAGUCGUUCACGGGCGAGAAUGGCAAGGCCGCGCGCGUCGCCCUGCUGGUGUCCAUCGGUCUGAUGGCGUGCCAGCAGUUGUCCGGUAUCAACGCCGUCAUCUUCUACACAGAGGAUCUCUUUAAGGCUGCUGGCUCCUCACUGGAGGCCCGCUACACCGUCGUCAUCGUCGGCGCCGUGCAGAUCAUCGCAACCGUUGCCGCCCUAAUGGUCGUCGACCGGCUCGGCCGACGGGCGCUGAUGGGCGCGUCUCAGGCGGUCAUGGCCCUGUCCACGCUCCUCCUCGGCGUCUACUUGUACUACAGGGAGGGUGACGCAAAGAGUGUGGAAGGAAUUGGUUGGCUUCCGAUUAUUUUUGUGUGCCUCUACCUCGUGGCUUUCUCGGUCGGCGCUGGUCCCAUUCCUUGGCUCACACUUGGUGAGCUUUUCCCCUCGGAAGUCAAGGGUUUUGCCUCAGCCUUUUCAAGCUGUUUCAACUGGCUCCUCGCUUUCCUGGUAACAAGAUUUUUCGGAGAUCUCGUAAGUGCGAUUAACGGCUCAGGUGCAUUCUGGCUUUUCACCGCGCUGCUGCUGCUCGGUCUGGCGUUCGUCUACUUCUUCCUUCCUGAGACUCGCGGCAAAAGCCUCGAGCAGAUUCAGGCCAUGUUGGCCAGACAGCCAGACAGUAGCAACGCGUCGCACUUCUCGCAAAACAUUACCUCAAAAGGACAACACAAUAUUCAAAUGGAUAAAUUCUAACUUGAAGAAUUAUAUCCUUCUGUGAUUUAACGACUUUGUAAAAAUACUUCAUUAAAACAAAAUAAUUAUUGUUUUAACUACUUUAGGUUAUAUGUUAAGUUAAAACCAAGUACUAGAUUUAAAAGUUUGUACAUUAUUUUUAUUCAUUGUUUUAACAGAAUGCAGAAAAAAGUACAAGCGCCCGAUUUUAAUGAUUGUUUUGUGGAGAAAGGUCAUCAAAAGCCUUAUGUGCGAUAUCAUAUUUCCUUUCAAUAAGCGUACCGGAUAUGGGUAAAUUGUGAUAAAAUUAUAUAUAAAUUACCAGUGCGUUUCUUACAAUUAUUUCAAUCUUGAUGGCUCUUUCUGGAGGCGAAAAAUGUACUUUGAGGCAUUGCAAAAGGAAAUAAAAGUAAACUGUGUUUGCGGUGAUGCAAUAA